UAAAUAGCCCAGCCUCUGAAGUGAGUAACACAUGACAGCUGUUUUUCUUUCAGUUGUUCUUCAGGUUGGAGAGGUGAACACAACCUUAAGAUAAUGAUUGUGGUCAAGUUUCGAGUGGUUGUGGUGGUCUUUUUUCUAAACUUCCUCUGGGCUUUUGCCAAUUGUGAUGUAGCUGUCUCCUGUGAUUUGAAGGAAAACUGCAUCUUACCAUGUCAGUUUGAGCCUGGUCCUGAAGAGGUCAUCCACUGGAUGAAAGAAAACAUUCCUGUCCACUCAUUUUACUACAACAGAGAUCAGCUUGGAAACCAGGACCAGCGCUUCAAAGGCAGGACGUCAAUCUUUAAGGACCAGAUCUCCAGUGGAAAUGCUUCACUACUGCUGAAAAAUGUGAAUUUUCAGGAUGAGGGCAGAUACAGGUGCUACACCAGCACCACCAGAGGAAACAAAGAGUUGUUCAUCCCCCUGACUGUGGACGUUCCAGUCCAAAAAGUUUACAUUGAGCAGUCAGGAGAAAGCAUCAUCUGCAGGUCAGAGGGGAUCUACCCUGAACCUACGCUCACCUGGUCCACAUAUCCUGAAUCUUCUUCCUCCAUUGAGUCAAAACCCAGUGUCCAGCAGAACGGACAACUUUACAGCAUCAGCAGUUCUCUGACACGCUCAGAAAUUGAUGCUGGUUUAAAUUAUAUCUGCACUGUCAGCACAAAAAAAAGCAGAAGAACAGCAACUUUAUUUAAACUGACUACUGUCACUGGUUCUGAGUCUGAAAGAACAAUCCAGUGCUCUGACUCAAAAAGCCCUGUAACUCGUUUCAUCUGGAGAUUCGACCACAGUCAGAUCAUCGUGACUGAGAGUGAAGCUGGGGGAUCUUACACAGUUUCAGAGGAGUGGAGGCCGUAUGUGAAGAGUGUUUCAGAGACAGGAAGCCUCACACUACAAAACUUAUCUUCAGAUAAGAAAGGAAUAUACACGUGUGAACUCAUUAAUGUUGAUGAGACACUUAUAAGAAACACCUUUCUUCAGAUUACAGAAGAGAGUUCACAUACUCAAACCACUGUAAUAGGUGUGGUGGCUGGAGUUGCAGUAGUUGCAGUAACUGCUGUUGUGGUGCUGCUUGUCUAUAGAAAAGUAAGGCAUCAAAGAGGAGUUGUCUGAUGAGAUGAAGACGUUGAAGACUGCUCCUAUGGAGUGAUUAAAUCUCUAAUGAAGACCUUUAGUAGAAGCUGAAGGGCUGUCCAAACAAAGUCAAAACAAAAAUUUGUUGGUCAGCUCAAGUAAUUUAUUCAUUUUUUUUUUAAACAAAACUUAUUCUGACUGAAGGUAUUCGGUUACAUUUUUACAGAUUUUAGCACAUGUUUCCAAAUCAGCACUGGUUAAUGAAGGGGAAAGACACAUUGCACUUCGAACAAAAAGAGACUUGAACUUAAGACUGGAAGUGGGUGGACUGAUCCAGAUAUCAAUAUUGGUAUUGGAUCGAUACUACAGCAAUAGAAUCUAUACUUUCUCUCUCCUCUAAAGAAAGUUCAUGUUUUAGACAUACUCUAAAAACAGCAAACUAAAUGAACAAAAAAAAAAAAAGAACCGCUGUCAGAUGACUACAUCUAAUACAUGAAUUUUCAGGCACAUAAAAAACACAAACCUUUAUAUAUCUUUAUUCUGCAUAUUUGUAUGAAGGAGCACAAAAAAGACAUUCAUAUAAACUUGUGUCUGUUCAGGGAAUGUUUUUUUUUUAUUUUCUGUCCUGUGUAUACACUGGCGUGAAUGUUAACAAUAAACAAUAAGUAAUUAUCUCGGAGUCAAAAAACUAAAUUAUUAUUAAAGUAUUUUCUGGAAACCA